CGCUGCAGUCAGUUACUAGGCAGCGUAGCCAUCGAGACGGUUCUGUCGGUCCGUUUACGAAAGCAUCUGUCCCUAGGUUAUACAAGGACAGGCUUAGGGCGGUGACUGUUAUGCCGAACUCGCGGCCCAGGCCCCGCCGGGGCACCGCGAGAGGCUCCGGGGCAGCCGGGCGCCACGAGCUGGUGUCGCGGUCCUUGCAGAGUGCAGAGCACUGCCUGGGCGCCCAGGACUUCGGCACCGCCUACGCCCACUAUCUCCUCGUGCUCAGCCUGGCGCCGGAGCUGAGAGACGAAGUGAAGGAAACUUUUCAGUAUACACUCUUCAGAUGGGCUGAAGAGCUUGAUGCUCUCAAUCGAAUACAAGACUUACUUGGUUGUUAUGAGCAAGCUUUGGAACUGUUUCCUGAUGAUGAAGUGAUUUGCAAUAGUAUGGGGGAGCAUCUCUUCAGACUAGGCUUUAGAGAUGAAGCUGCUGGGUAUUUUCAUAAAGCAGUGAAACUAAACCCUGAUUUCAGUGAUGCCAAGGAGAAUUUUUAUCGUGUUGCUAACUGGUUGGUGGAACGCUGGCACUUUAUCAUGCUUAAUGACACCAAACGGAUUGGGUAAGUACAGUGGAUUAUUUUAUCUUAAUAGAGCACUUUUUCCCUUUGUAGCAUGUUUGCUAAGAAAGCUGGAGCAUACCCAGUGUAUGCCUGUGAGUUAUCCAGAACCAUGUAUGAACUUGCUUGUGAUGUGCUGGCAGCAAACAGGAUGGAAGCAGGGAUCAAACUCUUACAUAUGAAGUCACUUGACAUAGAAAUCCCAAAACACAUUCCUGAAAGAGUGUCCCUAGUUGUAACAGAAACUGUCGAUGCAGGUUUAUUUGGAGAAGGAAUUGUGGAGAGUUUGAUUCAUGCAUGGGAGCAUUUGCUUUUGCCGCCAAAGACCAAAGGUGAGAAUGAUAAUUGUGAAAAAUAUGGGAAAGUUAUACCGGCAGGUGCUAUUAUAUUUGGAAUGGCAGUAGAAUGUGCUGAGAUAAGAAGACAUCAUAGGGUGUGUAUUAAGGACAUUGCUGGGGUUUGUUUACCAACAAAUGUGAAAUUUCAGAGUCCAGCCUAUUCUUCUGUAGAUACUGAAGAAACUAUUGAACCUUAUACAACUGAAAAGAUGAGUCGAGUUCCUGGGGGAUUUUUGGCUUUGACAGAGUGCUUUGAAAUUAUGACAAUAGAUUUCAACAAUCUUCAGGAACUAAAAAGUCUCUCAACUAAAAAACCUGAUAGAAUUGAUAUUCCUGUUACUAAAGAAGGCAUACUAGAUGCUAUUGUGGUUUGGUUUGUACUCCAGCUUGAUGAUGAACACAGUUUAUCCACAAGUCCCAGUGAGGAAACAUGUUGGGAACAGGCUGUCUACCCUGUACAUGACCUUGCAGAAUACUGUGUAAAGCCUGGGAGCCACGUGAUGAUGGAAGUGUCCUGUCAAGAUUGUUACUUAAGAAUCCAGAAUAUUAAUGUCUUGGGGUCAGAACAGGAAAUGGAUGUUGGGACAAGUUUUACCAAGAAUAAAGACUUGAUCUCUUCUAGAAGUGAGGCUGAACUCUGUAGUGCCCUGGCUAACCUUCAGACCAGUAAACCAGGUGCUGUGGAGCAGAUGUGUUUAUUGGAAUCCACGGAAAUUGCUUUGCUUAAUAACAUCCCAUAUCAUGAAGGCUUUAAAAUGGCAAUGAGGAAAGUGUUGUCUUCACUGACUCCAGAGAAACUGUGUCAGGCUAUGGAUUCCCACUGUCAGAAUAAUGACAUGAGCCGUGGAAGUGGACCCACUUCUGAACAGAGUGUCCAUGAACCUUUCUAUGUAUUAGAUGUGUCUGAAGGCUUCUCUAUUCUGCCUAUAAUUGCUGGUACACUUGGGCAGGUUAAACCUUACAGUUCUGUGGAGAAAGACCAGCAUCGUAUCACUCUGGAUCUCAUUUCUGAAGCCAAUCACUUUCCUAGAGAAACACUUGAGUUUUGGUUGAGACAUGUGGAAGAUGAAUCUGCUGUGUUGCAAAGGCCAAAAUCAGACAAGUUAUGGAGUAUAAUUAUAUUGGAUGUCAUUGAGCCAUCUGGGCUCAUUCAGCAGGAAAUCAUGGAAAAAGCUGCAAUAUCCAGGUGUUUGCUGCAAUCUGGAGGCAAGAUCUUUCCUCAGUAUGUGCUGGUGUUUGGGCUGCUGGCGGAAUCACAGACGCUGGUAGAAGAGAACGCUGUUCAGGGAACAGAACGAACUCUUGGAUUAAAUAUAGCCCCUUUUAUUAAUCAGUUUCAGGUACCUAUACGUGUAUUUUUGGACCUCUCUUCAUUGCCCUGCACACCUUUAAGCAAGCCAGUGGAACUCUUGAGACUAGAUUUAAUGACUCCAUAUUUGAACACUUCUAACAGAGAAGUAAAGGUACACGUUUGCAAAUCUGGACAACUGACUGCCAUUCCAUUUUGGUAUCAUGUGCACCUUGAUGAUGAGAUUAUUUUGGAUACUUCCAGUAAAGCUUCUCACUGGAAGCAAGCUGCAGUUGUUUUAGAUAAUCCUAUCCAGGUGGAAAUGGGUGAAGAACUUAUACUCAGUGUCCAGCACCACAAGAGCAAUGUCAGCAUCACAGUAAAGCAAAAAGAGCAGUUUUCUGUUUAAGCAGAACAGCAAGCACACAGUUCUUCUUGAUUUGUAGUGGGAUUGUAAUCAUCAAAUAUGUGUGUAUAAAUAUUUAAUUCCUUGUAAUGGUCAAAUAUUUUUAAAAAUGACAUUAAUAAAGUAUAUUUAAAAGGCCUAAAAAGUACAAUUAUAAAAAUAUUACUACAGACUUCUUUUCUGAAAAAGACUCAUUAAGUUUUCAAAUUAGCAAACCUUUUUUCCUUGGUCAUAGUUAUUGUAGAUUAAAUUUGGCUAAACACUCUAUAUUCUAAAGCUAUAAAGAUAAGGCUUUUGAGUGUCAUCGUCAUUGUCGUAUAUCAAGCAAAACUUAAUUUUUUAGGCAUCUUGGCUUUUUUUCUUAAGUCUAAACAUAUAAUUAGGAUACAUCGAAAAGCUAAUUUCCACUGAAGACUAAUAAGGGUUUUGGUUACCUGUAAAUUCCAGUCUUGAUUCUUUAAAUAUUUUGUAUACAGCUGAAACAUUUUCUCAGGUUUUAUAUUUUGGGAAUGAAAACCUAAAAUAAUUAAAGUUGUAAACUAAAUGUAAUUAGGAAAGCAAAAGAGAGACAAAAUCAAUCUUUAGGAGGCAGCAUUUCUGCUGGUCUACUUUGGCAAAGAGUAUUAAAAAGCUGAUAAAUUCUAGACAGUUAAACCUAUACUAGUAUUUUUCAGUUUUGAACUGGAUGCACAGUAAGAUAUAUAAUACUUGAUCCAAUCAUUAAAGACCUGAAAAGGAGAGAUUAAGAAAAAUCAUACCUUUUAUAAGCCACAAAGAAAAUAGGACAUACCUUCUCUCCACAUUGCCUAUUCUCAUUGCCUCUAGUAUUAUACAUCUGGGCUUUGCUUUCAAUAGAAAAAUUUAAUUUAUAAUAGUUAUCAGAAUAAAGACUUUGUACCUAAUUACCGUGAACCAGUAUAAAUGUAUGUGAAUGUGUGUGUGCAUAAAAUAUAUAAAGCAAAAGUUUUGAGAGAAAUAAUACCCUUUGCAACAGCAUAUUAAUCUUGCACUUUAUUUUCAGUAUAAAAUGUUAAACAUGAGAUUAAAGAUGGCAGCAUGAGAGGUGAGAGAAAAGCCUCUUCAUAAAACCACAUAUAAUAGGGAAAUAAUAAAACUAAUCCUGAAAGAGCAACAGGAAAGAAGGCUGU